UGAAAGAGAGCGCGGAAAUUUGAUAGUCAACAAAUACGGCGAAAGAAAACAUUAGUUCUCACUGGUUUUAUACUUUAUUAGAUAAAAAUAUAGUCAAACGUGUUUAGUGGUCAGAACAUUAUCGCUUUAAACCGCCGUCUGAGCUAAAAUGAGAACUUUAGAGGAGGUUCAGGCCACACUGCAGAUCGCCAAACUGAAAGAGGAGGAUCUACAGAAAACAAUCCACUGUCUGACAUUUGGGGAAAAUGUUUCAUCUGCAGAUUACUGCCUGAUGGAGCUGGACGACACACUGUGCAAACAUAUAGAAGCUGGUCAAAGUCUGGUGAUUCGGGGAGAUAAAGAUGAGCAUGCAGUGCUUUGUAGUGGUGACAAAACCUAUGAUCUUAAAAUAGCGGAUACUUCAAACCUGCUGCUGUUUGUACCAGGAUGCAGAACACCAGACCAACUUAGUAACAGCCAGGACAGCUCUCAGGUGGUGCACGCUCAGAUCUGGGGAUUUUGCAACAGCUACUGGGAACUGAGGAGACAGCGUCCUAAACUGAAGAAACUGACUAAGCUUUUACUGGAGAACCCUUAUGAAGGACCUGCUUUAGGAGGGCAGGAGGAGAACACAGAGAACAGGUAUACAAUGGAGGAUCUGUUGGAGAGGAUCCAGGCCAGUGAAGAGGAGAUAAAGACCCAUUUAGAGACCAUCCAUGCCUGUCAGAUAGAUGGCUAUUGGCGCGUGCUGGACUUUGACUAUGAGAUGAAAUUGCUCGGCCAUGUGACUCAGCUGGUGGAUUCAGAGUCGUGGUCCUUCAACGAGGUUCCCCUUCAAACGAGUCUGGAAGAGUUAGCCCCACUGGAGCCCAAAGAGAUGAUCGAGCACUGUUUGAACUGCUAUGGGAAACGUUAUACUGAAAACGAUGAAGUGUUUUACACAUUACACGAGGAUAAAGUCUGUCGGGGCAUAGCGCUAAUGCUGCUGCAGAACGCUGUCAAGUUCAAUCUGAAGGAGUUUCAGGAGGUCUGGCAGCAGAGUGUCCCAGAUGGCAUGAACACAAGCCUGGACCAGCUAAAGAGUGUUGCCCUGGUGGACCGCAUGUCCCGUCCAGAGACCAUCUGCCUGCUGCGGGUGGAGGAUCUCCCAGAGGACACACUGGAGCGCUUCAACCACCUCUUCAUACUCAGAGAGAAAUGGACAGAAGAGGACAUCACGCCAUACAUACAAGAUCUGUGUGGAGAGAAACAGACCACCGGAGCCCUCUUGACCAAAUAUGCUCGAUCUUCAAUGCAAAAUGGGAUCAAGGUAUUCAACUCCAGAAGGCCCGUGGCUACAUGAACAUGUCUGCUGUCAAGCAGUGAAUUUACAGAUUGAAAUUAAUGUGGUUAUGUUUAUUCCCAGUGUGACUUCUGCAAAUGUCAAAAUUAUUUUACUCAUAAUUGUCCUUUGUCUGUAUUUGUCAAUCAACUGUCGUAAAGAAUUAUUACAAAUAACCGUAUAAAAUUGUUGAAAAUGUUAAAAAGUUGCUGUCACUAAAACCAAACUUGAUCACUGAUAUUUCAGUUUUUAUUUUGUCUGUGAAAAAUACUUUGUGCAGGUAAUAAAACAAGUUGGCUGAUCGAGGCUUUGUUGAAGCUUCAACACCUGAUUCAAAAAAAUGGUUCAUUACCUGAAGCUUCAAUGACACAGUGCUCGAAUAGGACAUCUAGUGGUCAAUGAAAUGAAGUGCCAUCAAGAUGUGUUGGUUCAUGGUUUGGGAUCUGAUUCGCCAUGCACAUUCUUGUUCGACUACACUGCAUGUUUGUAUGGUUUCACGCUGACACAAU